UAGACAUGUCACUAUUUGAUGAAAUAUGAUAACUAUCACUUGGGAAGUACCAAUUUCAAAACAAACUCGUUCAAAAUACUGUAAAAAAUUGAUCGUACUUCUAUUAUAUAUAUUAUAAAAAAAUAAUGAUUGAAAGAGAGAAAGUGUCGAGCUUUUUCACACGAAAAUGUAUUGGAAUAAGUUUUUUUAUAUUAAUUCUUGUGGUAGUUAUAUUCACUUGGAUUAUGAUUUCAAAAGAUAAUACAUCGAUUCGUAAAACGGAAUCUACCACUCAACAUACUCCUACUUUAAGUACUUGCGAAAUUAAUCCAUUGGGUACAUCAUUAACUCCUCUCCUAAUUAAAAAUAAUGCUAUAAUAUAUCCACAAUUUAGUAACGGGACAGUUGAAUUAUCUCCGUUUGAAGUACUAGAAUUUUCCUGUCCAUCUGGUAACGUAAUCGCUAAUGGCGUUACGUUCAACACAACAGUCAAAGCAGCUUGUCAUCAUGACGAUUAUUUCAACAUAAGCGGAAUAACUUUUCAAUGGAAAACCAUAUCUUGUUCGAAGACUUUAACACCUACAAUAAAAGAAGCAUCUAUCAAUGAUUUACCUGAUAAUGAUUUUAAUGAAAUUUGUUACGACGAUUCGCUCAAAUUAGGAUUGAUUGGCUUCGAUUUAGAUCCCGAUAGAUUUGUAAAUAUUGUUAGUGUUUGUUUUAACACUACAAGUAGGGUAGCUCUUUAUUCUAAUCAUGUUUUAACCAGUUCCAUAUCUAUUUUCGUAACAAACUCUGAUUUUAAACAAGAUGAUACCUUCUAUAAAAUGGGUGCUUCUAUUAAUACUAUUUAUACAAACAGUCAAAGUACCAUUAAUAGAAUAUUAGGAUUAGAGGAAAAUUCAAUUGAGUAUAUUAACGAUGAUAUUUAUAUUAAUAGAGGUCAUCUGGCACCUAGAGCUGAUUUUUAUUACCCGUGCAUUCAAAGUGCAGUUCAAAGAUACAUCAAUGUAGCACCUCAAUGGAAUACUUUUAAUGGGGGUAACUGGCAACAAGCUGAGAAAGAUGUAAGAAUUUACGCUCGUGACAAUAACGUCGAUUUACAAAUUUGGACUGGAACUUAUGGUAACAGUAUGCUAGAAGAACAAAAGUUGUAUUUAUAUACGUACAAGGAUUCUCCAGUUCUUCCUGUACCGGAAUUGUUUUGGAAAAUUGUUUAUAAUCCAGUAAACGCGACUGGUAUCAUUCUGAUUGGUCACAAUAAUCCUUAUCACGAUAAUUCUACGCUAAAAGAUGAAAUUAUAUGUCAAGAUGUAUCUAGAAAUGUGGAAUGGUUACAUUGGGAUUCCGGAAAUAUUGAGAAAGGUUAUUCCUAUGCUUGUGAUUACAACGAUGAGAAAUUUCAUAACUUAGUAGAGUUUGUACCGAAAUUGAAUGUUAAAGAUUGUUCAAUUGAUCCUUUUAUCACGAACGCGCCCAUCUUUAUCCAUCCAGAAACCACAGAACUAAUUUACCCCGAACAUGGUCAAAAUACGCUUGCGUUUACUACUUCCUCGGUGAUAGAAUUAGCUUGUCCUAGUGGAGAAGUAACUGUAGAUGGAGUUUCUAAAGGAACUGUAGUGAUAGCUGUUUGUGCAGGUGAUGAUAAAUUUAAUGUAGACGGAGAUACAGUCACAUGGGAUCGAAUAAUAUGCUCUAAAGAAAUAACACCUACAGUUGUAGAUGUUACUGAUGUAGCACAUGAUUAUGAUGUGCACAAUCAAUGUUUCGACACCGAGGGAAAUUUGAAAAUCAUUCAAAUCGGUUUCACGUUGGAUACUAAUAGAUUUUUGAAUUUCAUUGAUAUUUGCUUCAGUACUGUUACUAAAAUUGCUGCAUAUUCUUAUUUUGUUAUACCAGCUUCUAUAAAUAGUAGAGCUAAGGGCGUCGUGAGUCCCUCAUUCAAACAAGAUGACAUUUUUUAUAAAAUGGGGAAGUCUGUUAAUCAAUUCUAUAAGGAUAGUCAAUCUACGAUCAAUGGAAUUCUGGGGCUACCAUCUACGUCCGAAGAAUAUAUUAACACAAGCACUUUCAUAAAUCGUGGACAUUUGGCUGCGAAAGCUGAUUUUGUAUACGAACCAUUCCAAAAGGGCACUUACAGAUAUAUUAAUGUCGGACCUCAAUGGAGUACAUUCAACGCAGGUAAUUGGAAUCAAAUGGAAACAGAUUUGAGAAACUACGCAGAUGCCAAUAAAUUAGAUUUACAAAUUUGGUGUGGCGUCUACGGAAUUAGCGAACUUCCGAAUGAUCAGGAUUCUGAAUUAGAAAAAUUAUAUUUGUACGUAGACGAAACCGAUAGCAAAAACUCUCCUAGUUUUCCAGUGAGUGAGGUUUUCUGGAGAGUUGUUUAUUCACCUGCAAACCAGAAAGCUGUGAUUCUUAUUGGACAUAACAACCCUUACGAAAGUGAAGUGGAGAUUUUGUGUACCACCGAUUUGACAGAUUCGAUAGCUUGGCUCAAAUGGAAUCGGACAAAUAUUAGAAAAGGUUUUUCAUAUGCGUGUGAUUAUAAUGAUGACAAAUUUAGGGCAUUAGUUCCGGUAAUUCCGAAAUUAUAUGUAAACGGAUGUAUUAUAAAUCCUUUUCGUACCGGAGCUCCAUUUUUGAUAGACACAAAUACCGCAACUUUCAUCUACCCACAACCAGAAAAAUCGAUAGUGGAAAUUUCCCUUGAUGAUUACAUAGAAUUCUCAUGCCCCGGUAAGGAUAUAAUGAGAGAUGGUGUUUCGUUAGGAUCUCUAGUAAGCGCUAGAUGUAGCAAAGAAAAUAUUUUCAACAUAGAUGGAACAGAUACUAGUUGGGAUAAUUUGCAAUGUAGUACUGAACCAGUGCCUAUAGUAAGAGAAUUGAAAACAUACGAAUUAGAUGGCGAUAACCCGAAUGUUAAUUGUUUUAACGGAAAAGAAAAUAUUUUGAAAUUGCUACAAAUCGGAUUUCCUUUGAAUGAUGAAGUAUUUAUAGGAAUUGUGGAAGUAUGUUUCAAUGUUAAAGAUAAAGUACCUGUUUAUUCACAUUUUACCAUUUCGGCUUCUAUAAAUAGUAGAGAAAGAAACGUACAAAAUCCAUUUUUCGAACAAGAUAAUAAUUUAUAUAGAAUCGGUAAUAAUAUUCAUUACAUAUUCAAGAAUGGAAAAAUGACGGUUAACAAUUUGUUAGGAUUACCCUACGAUUCAGAAAAAUAUUUUAAAACACAUAUUUUUAUAAACAAAGGACAUUUAGCAGCUAAAGCUGAUUUUAUUUACGAACCUCUACAGAAAGCGACUUUCAGAUAUAUAAACGUGUCUCCACAAUGGAGUAGUUUCAAUGGUGGCAAUUGGAAUCAAGUUGAGAUUGAUGUAAGAGAUUAUGCCGCUAGAAAAAAACUAGAUCUCGAAGUAUGGACCGGCAUAUAUGGAAAUUCAAUAUUGAAGCACGAAGAAACACUCGAACCACGAAAACUUUAUUUAAAUUAUCAAAAUAAAGAUUCGCCGACGUUUCCCGUACCGGCAGUAUUCUGGAAACUUGUAUAUGAUUCUCAGAAUAAAAAAGGAAUCAUUCUUGUCGGUCAUAACAAUCCCUACGAGUCAAUAACUGGUGAAAACCAGAUGGUAUGCGACAUAGAUGUUUCUAACCAAGUGAAAUGGUUACGUUGGUCUAAAAAUAAUUUAGUUAAAGGUUAUUCAUACGCGUGUGAUUGGAACGAUAAAAAAUUUAGAACUUUGAUAGAUGUUUUACCACCAAUUCAUGUUAAUGGUUUACUAGAUUAA